UUGCACAUAUUUAAUCUAUAUAGGAUUGCUUGCUGUCUUGGGAAGAGGAUAAAGAGGGAGAGAAGGAAAAAGAAAAAAUUUAAACACAAGAUUUUGCAAAGAUGAAUAUUGAAUACUCUCUUUGCAUGUGUUUGGAAAACUUAAAUACUAUUAAAAAAAAAAAAAAAAAGAUGGAAUGGUGACAAUGGUAUGUCAAUGCUUUCCAUUUCCUGACUUUGUUCUGUGAGCUUUAUUGAACUUUGGAGUAAGUAAUGAACUCUAGGGGCCAGAAUUCUCACAUUCUUCAUAGCAUUUUGCAAGUGCAGGUGGCUAGAAGUGCCAAGGAAAUACCUUUCUCCAUGCUAAAGAGCCAUGCCAGAUUUGGAGCUGGAUUCUUUACCUUCUCAUUCUCCGGGACUGCAUGGAAUCUGGUUUUUCUCUUCCUACCCUUGAAAUGGGUUUGAUACCAAAUGAAACUUGGGGAGAGGGUCUCUUUUUACCCCAAAGUAAAUGCCAUUUUUUCCCCCUCUCUUUUCCUUUUAGAAUCAAGAUUACUGAUUAAUGCUUCACCUUAGUUCAAGUUUGCUGAAAUUAAUUUGCUGGCUUGAUGGCUUCGGAGGAGCAGCAUUGGCCCGUGCCAAUGAAGGCCAUUGGAGCUCAGAAUCUCUUGACAAUGCCUGGGGGAGUGGUCAAGUCCGGAUACCUUCACAAAAAAGGUGGCACCCAGCUGCAAUUGCUAAAAUGGCCAUUGCGGUUUGUGAUUAUCCACAAGAGAUGUAUUUAUUACUUUAAGAGUAGCACAUCAGCAUCUCCCCAAGGGGCCUUCUCCCUGAGUGGCUAUAAUCGGGUAAUGAGAGCUGCUGAGGAAACAACAUCAAACAACGUCUUUCCCUUCAAGAUUGUUCAUAUUAGCAAGAAACACAGAACCUGGUUCUUUUCAGCCUCCUCUGAAGAUGAAAGAAAGAGUUGGAUGGCCCUGCUAAGGAAAGAAAUAGGCCACUACCAUGAGAAGAAAGAGCCAUCAUUAGAUUUCAGCGACUCGAGUUCCGACACAGAUAGCUUCUAUGGCUCUGUGGAACGCCCCAUUGAUAUCAGUUUAUCUCCAUAUCCCACUGAUAAUGAAGACUAUGAACAUGAUGAUGAUGAUGACUCCUACAUGGAGCCAGAUACCCCAGAUUCCAUGAAAGUUGAAGAUAUUAUGAUUCACCCACCAACUUAUCCCCCACCUCCGAUCCCCACUCCAAGAAAACCAGCCUACUCAGAAACACAGCGGUCCCACUCGUUUUCCAGCAAGGGCUCUACACCUCUUCACCCUCCCCCACCUCCCAAAAGAGGCCUGCCAGAAAUCAAUCCUGAGGACCUGAAAAGAGAAGUGAUCUCUUCUUGGAGGCCAGAGCCCAAUCUGAAAGUGCCCUCUCCCAGUCGAAGACAGAGUGAUCCACCCCUGGGAAAUCUACCUCCUAUGCCCAGCUUCAGAAAACCAGCUUCUCCAGAGGUCGCAUCUGUCAGUCACCUUCUGAAUACUUCCAAAAACUGCGACAAGUUAAAAUCUAUCCACUUGUCUCCUCGAGGAGCAUUUCAAGGAUUGCCUCUGACUGAGCCCCCUCCAAUCCCAACCAAUAAACCCAAAUUGAUAAAGGUGGGAGAGUUACCGCCUGUAAGAGAAGCUAUUAAACCUGGACUCUUUGUGCCCCCUGUGACUCCCAAACCACCGGUCUUGACACCUAAGCAUUCUGUGCCAGAACUGAAACCCAGAAUUGAAAAACCUCCACUUCCUCAACUACAGAGAUCCCCACCAGAUGGACAGAGUUUCAGAAGCUUUUCCUUUGAGAAACCUUCACUCUCAACUAAGUUUGAUACAAGCUGCGAGGAUUCAGAUGAAGACUAUGAAAAGGUGCCGCUGCCUAGCUCCAUCUUUGUCAACACCACGGAAUCCUAUGAAGUGGAAAACUUGUUUAAAGCCACUGAUCCUAGGGGACAACCACAAGAUGGACUCUACUGUAUUAGGAAUUCUUCGAAGACAGGAAAGGUUUUGGUUGUGUGGGAUGAAUCCUUUAACAAAGUGAGAAACUACCGGAUUUUUGAAAAGGACUCCAGAUUUUACCUUGAGGGAGAGCUUUUGUUCGUGAGCAUCGGAAGCUUGGUUGAGCACUAUUACACCCACGUCUUGCCUGGUCACAAGAGCCUGCUUCUUCAGCAUCCCUAUGGCUACUCAGGGCCCAGGUGACACCUGUCUGACUUAGCAUUUUGGUGCAAUAAUUGAACCUGGAGACAGAAGGAGAAAAGAAAGACUUGGAUGGUUGGUCUUGACUUCCACUGACAGCUGCCCACCCAACUGGGGUCCUCAAUUUCAUCUGUCCUGCAUGUUAUUCUGAACCUGUGUUAUAGUUUUGCUCUGUAUUCCUCCCUGAGGCAGGUGAAUUGGGUUCACUCCCCACCUCUCUUUCAUUAACUUCCCCUACCUGAGUGCUCAAGGAGUGAAUACAGCAUCAUAAAUAAGCACACCCUCAACUCCAUUUCCUAAGCAGUUCUUAAAGAACUUCUUCCCUGGUGGCCAAACUGGAUAGAUCAAUGACAAUAUUUAGAAAAGAUCACUAUGGAAAUGGACAGAAAUACUUUUAUUGAUCAGGGCACAAGAUACUAUGUCUCAUAAUUGCUGAGUCAACUUGAGAAGUCUUAGUAAUAGAGUGACAGAGCUCAUGACUUAAGGCAGCCAGAUAGUUUGAUGAAUAGAGCAUGGGGCCUGGAGUUCAAAUCCAGCCUCCCACACUUACUAGCUGUGUGACCCUGGGCAAGUCACUUAAUCAGUUUGCCUCAGUUUUCUCAUCUGUAAAAUGGGGAUAAUAAUAGCACCUACCUCCCAGGGUUGUUCUGUCAUAAUCAUUGUAAAGUGCUUAGCACAGUGCCUGGCACAUAAUAGGCACCGUAUAAAUGCUAGCUGUUAUUAUUAAUGUAUUGUUUUCAAUUGUAUUAAACAUGAAAAAUUGUAUUAAACUCACUUGGGUUUCAAGCAAGAAACAUUUCAGAGUGACCUCACACAGACUCUACUCUUCUUUUUGCCUGCUGGCCGGGAAUAUAGUCACAAGCAACAAAAUGAACUAAGAAUAGUGGAGAAAGCAAACCAUCUGCCAUUCAUAAGGAGGAGCAAGAGAAGAGAGACCCACCUGGGGAGGUGGUGGAUCCUUACUAAGGAUGAGCAUGGGAAUGGACCGUUUGAGAAGUGGACUGUUACAAGACUCUCCGUCCUGGGCAAGCCAUUUGACAUUGAGGAUUUCUCUUGGGACCGGGUGUGCAGAAUGUUCUCAUGGUUCCUCUCAGUCAUCUUGCAAAGUGUCAUUGGGAAGCCGCUCUCCAUUGCACAAAGAUGCAGACUGAGCCCACCUUUCAUCCUAGACUCUUGGGCUCAUGUUCCUCAGCAGCAAGCCAACCAAAGGACUUGUUCUUGUGCAAGCCAUGUGACGCUGACCCUUUUGUUCCCAUCAUGGGCUGAUUAAAAACAAAUGGGGACUUGGCGCCAAGAGAGGGAGGAGACUCUAAAUCAAGACAUUCGAAGUUUGCAUUGCAGCAGACUUUUCUUUUUUCUCUGGGGACAAUUAACUCGGCAUGGAAUGUUUGUCCUUUGAUAUUCCCCCUGUGCUAACGCUAAACUCUAAUUAAAGAGGAAUUCCGAUGGUAACUAAUAAAACAGAACUCAACAUUCCUGAUUACACAA